AAUUGGGCAAGACCACAUUUUGGCUAUCACUAACUGUGACUAUUUAAAUAAAGAAUUUAGAGAUAUCAGUUAAAUUUUAACCUUUUAUUGGUGAUAUAAAGAGGAGCUCAAGAUGGAAAGAAUCUAGUAGUUGGUAAAGCAGGAAUAACCAUGAACUCUGAGAAAUGGGUUUCAGCUCUUUUGCUUCUGCAGCUCUGUUGCUUUAGCUGUGGGUCCUGUGGGAAGGUCCUGGCAUGGCCUAUGGAAUACAGUCACUGGCUCAAUCUAAAGGCCCUGUUAGAUGGGCUUGUACAAAAGGGCCAUGAGGUGACUGUGCUGAUGCCCUCAGCUACUGUUUUUGUUGACGCUGGUAAUUCAUCAGGUUUCCAUGUUGAGGUUUUUCCUAUGGAGACAAAUCAAGAGGAUUUGGCUUCACUUUUUGAAAACUGGAUCACACUCUGGAGUAAUGAGUUUCGAAAGCUUUCAGCAUUAGAGUAUGGUGCAGCCAUGCAAAAACUACUUUUUGAGUAUUCAGGGCUGAUAAAACAGCAGUGUGAGAGUGCUGUUUUGAACAAAGACCUUAUGAAGACAUUAAAGGAUGCCAGAUAUGAAGUUGUUGUUUCAGAUGCUAUGAGUCUUUGCGGGGAGCUCAUAGCAGAGGUACUUGGAAUACCCUUUAUCUAUAGUCUGCGGUUCAGCAUGGGCAAUACCCUUGAAAAAUACUGUGGAGGACUCCCAUCCCCUCCUUCCUAUGUGCCUGUGCCCAUGACAAUAUUGACUGACAAGAUGACAUUUAUGGAGCGGGUGAAAAAUAUGCUUUUCUUCAUUUACUAUGACUUUUGGUUUCAGAAUUUUGAGAUGAAGGUUUGGGAUCAGUUUUACAGUGAUGUCUUAGGUAAUUCUGUGUACCUUUAUGAUUCAUAUGUCAAAUCUGUUCAGUGAUUUCCUGACAUCCUUA